CCCCCCUUCCCUUCUCUCUUUUUUUUUCUUAUAAAACCCCUAGACUAUGUCAACUUAUCGUGUAUUCUCAGAAAAGGUUUUAACUAAAGUUCAAACACUAAAGCUUCUUGAAGCUGAUAUCAAACCUCAACUUGUAUUCAACGAAGCUAAAGGCAAGUCUUUCUGGAGACCUUCUCAAGUCUCUCGACGUGUACAAAACGACUUGAGAAAGGCUUGUAUUCAACAAGGCAUUGAACCUAGUUCGAUUGGAUUGCCUACAGCCACUGCUAAGAAGCCAUUGAGAACACGUCCUAAUAAGUUGGAGAAGCAUGAACGUUUGCGUGCCGAAAGAGAAGAAACCAUUAGACGUAAUUUAGAAAAGAUGCCACAAACAAUUCAAGCAUGGAAAGAAGAUAAAAUGAAGGAACUAGCUAAACAAAAGACUUCAAUGCCUUUCUAAAUUAAAAAAAAUGAUUUAUACACCACGCUCCAAUAAUAGAAAAAUAAACAUGUACUAUAGCACAACUAUUUUUUUUGUGGAUGAUAGAUUGCAAAGAACCAACGCAUUGCCACCGUAAAAAAAGGGACUUCUAGUUCUCCGAGA